GCUCAAAGAGUCGCCGGCCAGAGACCGCCGGGCUGUGGCCGGUCGGCUGCGUCAUGAAGGUGGUGCGGGAGUCCAAGUUCCGGCACGUCUUCGGGGAGGCCAGCAAGGAGAACUUCCAGGACCUGCGGCUGUCCUCCAAGCCCCUGGAGUCCACCGGCAUCCGCGGCAACGCCAAGUUCGUGGCCUUCCCCUGGGAGUCUGGCGGCGGUGGGACGCUGGCGGUUCUUCCCAGUACCAAGUAUGGCCGUCUGCCCAGGGACUUGCCCUUGGUGACGGGCCAUACCGGAGGCAUCAUGGACUUUGAGUUCAACCCUUUCGAUGAUAACCUACUGGUGAGCGCCAGCGAGGACAUGACCAUCAAGAUGUGGCAGAUCCCGGAGGGCGGCCUCACCGCGCAUCUCAAAGAUCCCCUGCUCACCCUGGAGGGCCAUGGGAAGAAGGUGUCCUUCUGCACCUUCAACCCCUCUGCGGCCAACAUCUUGGCCACCACCUCCUUCGACAUGACCUGCAAGGUCUGGAACCUCGCGGAGCAGGAGGCAGCCUUUAGCAUUCCGCUGCCGGAGCAAGUGAUGCACGUGAAGUGGAACUACGUGGGCUCCUUACUGGCGAUCACCUGCAAGGACAAGAAGGUGCACAUCGUGGACCCGCGGCAGAACAAGGUGGCGGGCACCGCGAAGGUCUGCGAUGGCCCCAAGCCCUCGAAGGUGGAGUGGAUCUCUUCCCCCGGAUCCGCGGAGGACUGCCACUGCCUCAUCACCACCGGGUUCACCUCCCAAGCGGAGCGCCAGAUCUCCAUGUGGGACACUCGCAUGUUCCCCGUAGACGGCGACAAGACCCAAGGAUCUUUGCAGGUGCUGAAUGUUGACCAGGGUACAGGCGCGCUGUACCCUUUCUUUGACCCUGGGACCCAGAUGCUCUAUGUCGCUGGCAAGGGCGACAGCAACGUGAGGUACUUCGAGGUGGUGAACCACGAGCCCUACCUGCACUAUUUGGAGACCUUCAAGACCAACGUGCCGCAGAAGGGCUUCGACUUCCUCCCCAAGCGCUGCGUAAACGUGGGCUGCCACGAGAUCAUGAAGGGCUUGAAGCUGGAGACCUCCGCCAUCCAGCCCGUGUCCUUCCGCGUGCCCCGGAAAUCCGAGGCUUUCCAGGAGGACCUCUUCCCCGACUGCCUGGCUGGGGUGCCCACCAUGGGCCCGGACGAGUGGCUCAGCAACUCCCGACAGGCCCUGCCCAUCCUCACCUCCAUGAAGCCCGGGGCGCAGAAAGCGGCGGGGGGGGCGGGGCUGGGCGCCCCGGCCGUGGUCUCGGUGAAGGACCUCAAGAAGCAGCUGGCGGAGGCCCAAGAGAGGAUCAAGACCUUGGAGACAGAGAACGAGAUGCUCAAGCAGGAGAUGGCAAAAGCCAAGGCUUAGACGCCCGAACUCCUCCCGAAUCCACUGGAGCGGAGCUUGAGUGUCUUGAGGCGUUUUGUACUAGCCAAGUUCUUCCGCGGCCCCCCAAUUUUUGUCAUGUCUUGUUUGCUG